CAUUCAGUGACCCAUUGUAUGUAUACAAAGUACAAUGGCGCUACCGGAUGUCAAGGAAAUUAUGGUUUAAUUCAUUGGUCCUACGACGUACGUACUAUAUUGAUAUACAUGAUGCUGUUACAUAAUGUGUAAUUGCUAUUACUGCAGCGUAUUAUGAUCAAUAAGGCAUUUACUAAUGUAGUUACUUAAUUGUUUCUAUUGUUCUUCCACCUGGAAAAGAUUAUUUUGUUGAGAAACAAACAUAGGCCUACAACUGAGGGGAACCAGUCAUGGACCCUGUAGUGGCUGUUGCAAUUGGUGUGCUUGCCUUCGUCUUUAUUAUGUCAUUUGUUGGACUGAUACUUAUAUGUAAGCACAGAUACUGCCGUAUGUUAGAUCUAACCUUAAAAGAAACAGUAUCAACACAAAGACAAAAUGUUACAUUAGUCCACCAUGCCGAGCUUCCAGCAGACUAUGAGGUAGAGUUGAAUGAUGUGUGCUUUAGUAACCCAAACCUACCAGAACUCCUGGAUGAGGAAUGGGUCGAUGAUGCCUCGGUGGACGAUGUGGUUCGUUCAAUGUACCCACCAAUAGAUCCUAAACUGAUAGAAGCAAGAUCAGCAGCAUUAAUGUUGUCCGUCAACCAUCUAGUUCUCGUUACAAAAAAUGCUUGUCAUGUGACAGAAAACCUGGAAUGGAUCGAAGCUGCACUGCUUCAAAUGGAAGAACAUCAGCAAAUAUUGAGGGCGGCAUCAUUAGCGUCUGAGGAAGAUUCACGUAAUGGGUCAGUCUCCUCGGCAACAGAGAGCACCACCCAGCAACCGCUAGUGGAAGAAAGAUUCACCGAACUGUCGUCAUCUCCUGUGUAAUAGUUUGAAAAGAAUUAUCAAUCAAGAGGUAGAAUGGACAUUGAUGCCAUCACCAACAGAUAUAUUUAUAGCUACCAAUUAUCUCUUGAUACUGAGUGUUCAUACAAAUCAGCCAGUCAAAAGAGAGAGCCUUUAAGUUUUAGCAGUAAGGACUGCACCCACAUAAACAAGACUUUAUUCAUGAUGAAAACAAAUUUGUUAUUCACAAGUAUGAACCUUGCCAAUUAAAGGAUUUUCAAUAUUGCAAAAUGUUGGAUAUUUACAGGCCUCUAAAGAGUGUGAAACAAACUUUUAUGAAAUGAUGCGAGCCAUUGUGAAUUAAUUUGAACUUGUUCAGUUUUAUAAAUGACUAUGUCAUGUAUAUACUGUAUUAGUGAGUUUUUAACAAUCAGCAUUUAAGUAUUAUGAGGGGCAAAUAUUCAUGACAAUAACGUUUUGUGUUGUUUGUGUCCACACCUUGGUUUACAAACCAAAAUCCAUAUAUUGUGUUUGAAGCAAAAGAAUCUUGUACAGGAUCUAUACAUGAGAGUCAAAGAGUUGUACUUAUUCAAAUUAUGAAUUAAAAUACUGAAUAGAUGUUGAUUUUGCAAACAGCAUGCAGCAACAUUUAUAUCUUGUAAUAUUUACAGUAGUGCCAUGUACAGAACAAAAACAUUAACAAUGCCCAGAAAUAGCUUAUAAAUAACCUUUACAAGUAUGAAAUAUUUGACAUUCCUGGGUUUUUUUGUACAUUUUCAUUAAAUAGGGAUUAAGAUAUUACAGUUUAUGUACAGAUUUACUAUCAAAAUGUGUUUGUAAAAUAGCAAGUUUAUUUUUAUAUAUUAGUUAAAAAAAAUAAUAGCUGAUUAGAAGUGAAUACUAGAAAGUUCAAAGAAUAUAGUCAUGGGUUUGUUGUUUGGAAGACAAUAGACACAGGUGAUUGAUAAUUCAUCUGUCAGUUUAUUGAAUUAUACAACAUUAUAUAAUUUAAGAGUAUACCCUUAUAUAUUAAAAUAAAUUGACCAGGCGUUUAUUGUUGAGAAGGGUUCAAAGGGACGUUUACUGUAUUCGAGGGAGGCGUAAAAUGGAUAUGCACAGUAUAUACUCAAAUAAACGCACUGUACUCACAGCACACGUAAUUAAAAUGUGUUAUUGCGUGAUUCUGAAGAAUUAAAAAAAAUUUAGUCCUAAUUCUACUGGAGUAGAGCAUUAAUAGAAUAUGUUGAGAAUAAUGUUGCUUCCAACAGUUUUGUUUACAGUCAUUUUCGUUAAUUUGAACAUAAAUGCAACGGUGUGUUAUUGAGGGAGGCAUUUAGUACAACUGGGUCUCUGAAGGGGGUGUUUAUUUUAGUGGGGGAUGGGCGUUUAUUUAUAGCAGGGCCUUUUAUUCAAAUAAAUACGGUGUCUGUGUUGAGAUAAUUACCAUCACUGUAAUUAUAUAAGUUGCUUACUUUGUAUAUAUAAGUUAUACUGUAAGCUUUCAAAUAAUAAUGGAACUGGAAAGAUACUUCCCUCUUCAAUUGACUCAUUGACAAUAUGUUCCUGAAGUCUUUGCAUAGAUUCUUGAAGUAGGCUGGCAGAAAAUUAUAUGAUUUUUAAAAUUCUGUAGGUCAUGAAGUUUUAUUUAUAAUAUUUAGUGUUUUCCAAAUUAAAACACAGACUGACUUAAAAGCAACACAUCAUUUCUGUAUCUGGUUCCUAAAUUUCCAAGUGAUAGCUAAUGUAAAUGUAUAGCAUUGCUUAAUAUUUAACUUUUUUCCAUUACAAGAUUUAUAUAUGAUUUAUACACAAUACUGCUGAGUGCUUGAUGUUUAAUUUUAAUGGGAUCAGUGGUAUUGUAACAUCUCUAAUUGAAUAUAUAAUUUAAAUAGAAAUUAGAUAAGAUAAGAUAAAAUAAGAUUGGGAUUUCAAAUACUUAAGUGAACACUACAACUUCACAGAGGCUGAUAAUGUUAACCAAAACUACAAUAUAGCCAAUUUGUUUAUUUUUUUAUGUGUAUAUGUGCAUUUGUAUUUUGUUUUGAUUUAUAUCUGAAUAUAUGCUUUAAAGAAAA